AUGGGUGUUCAUAAAGAUGAGGUGGUUUGGGAUCAUAAAGGGGAAAAUUAUUUUUUGGUUGCUUCUUGUUACGAGCCUUAUGCUUGUCAUCGUACGCUUUUGGGUCCUUUUGGUAGAUUUUUUGAGGCUAGAUCUUUGGUUUGGAAGGCGGAUGUUCCUUUUAAGAUUAAGGCUUUUGGUUGGAGGCUCCUUGCUAAUAGACUUCCAACAAAGGAUCUCUUGGUGUUAAGAGGUAUUUCUAUUCCUUCCGAAAAUUUAAAUUGCUCUUUUUGUCAUAUUGUUCCGGAAAAUCGGGAUCAUUAUUUUUUUGCUUGCCCUUGUGUAAAGCGUAUUUGGAGGGAUAUAGCCUUUUGGAUAGGAAAAGAUGGAAUAGGGGAGGAAGAGAGCUUGUCAAAUUUUAUGGAUUGGCACUCUUUUUGUAAAUCUAAAAAAGUAGGUGUAAAGAAAUUAGAUGUCAUUUGGUUGGCCACGACUUGGUCCAUAUGGUUGAGUCGAAAUGGGGCUUGUUUUCGGUUGGAGGAUUGGAUUUUAGAUGAUUUGGUUUGGAGCAUCAAAUGCUUGGUUUGGAGGUGGUCCUUUUGCGGAGAAAUUACCCACGCCAAUUAUACUUAUUAUGAUUUUGUUAAGGAACCUUUGAGGUUCUUGUCAUAA